UACUUGCGAACCCAUUGCGAGCGUUCGUCUACUCCGUCGGAGGUUUGUUUAUGGGAGCCAAUCAACGCGCUCGUUCGUUCGUCGGAAUUUCUGGCAAGUGUCACGCGCGGUGUUCACGCAUUCACUGCACGGCUCGUGUUUGUGUUAUAAUUUACGACGGUUCACGGCCAUCAUCAUCACUGCCGACCAUCUUGGCGGUUUGUUAGCGAGGGGUGUGUCAAUUACUGGCACUACAUUGGAGUGCGGCUCCCGGGAGAUGGCGCGGAGUUGGGGGGGUCGUCCAAUUUGAUUCGAUUAUUGUCGGUGAUUUUUCGGGUAAAUGACCAAGGUGUCAAAUUGUGCGAGUUUCUUUGAGAGGAAACGUUUGAGAGUCGCAUAUUUGCUUUCGAAUAGCUGUAGCUAUUUUACGAAUUGUUAUGCAAAUGCGCAAAAGUGUGUCUUUUUUGCGGAGAGGUUAGAUUGUGGAAACAAAUUUGUGGAUGUCUGAGGGGAGGGGUCAUAGGAAACGGGAGAAAGGCAAUCAGUGUGUGGUAAAGUGUGAAUUUUAUCCUCUCCUGUGGGUAGACACGAUACACGAAGGUCUGUCGUUACGGCAGCGAAGCGACGACUACGAGAAGAUUGCUUUUUUCAACGGAAGCGCCAUCUGCGAAGCACAAAGAGGAAGAGCAAAGAGCGUGAAGAGAGUGAAACUGCGAGCCGACAAUCUGCGUGCGAUCAUUGUUCCGUAUUAAACCUGAUCCGAUUUACCCCGAAAAAAAAACACCUUUCCGAUGAAGAAGUUCAACAGUAACGUAACCCAGUUGGGCAGCAACGGGUGAUGUGGUGCCGGAGUCUACCGCUAAUUAGUAAUAAGCAAAAUAUGUUAAGCUGAAGCAAAUAGGAAAUUUACCCCAGUCCCCUUGCCCAAAGCUGGCAAAAAAAGUGAAUCAAUAAAAUUUUAGCGGUUACCAAUCCGAGUGCGAAAGAAGAAAAUAAAAACCAGUGCUGGAGAAAAUCACUCGCUGAUUGGUAAAUUGAUUGAUUGUGCGCUCUUUUUCAAUUCUCUGUUUCGUUCGUCCGAAACGGCAUCAGUGACGCCGAAUGUGUUCGGUCGGGUCGGCAAUAAAAGAUAAUUAAUCGUAAUAAAAGUGCGUAGCCCUGGAGAAGAAAGAAGAAGAAAUAUUCCCACCACCAAGAGUAGGUGCAGAAAUUAUUUCUCGAUUUGCUCCGGUUUUAUUUUCGUGUAAGCAUUGGGCCCCAGUAGUAGUGAGAAACCGGUUCGUCGGGUGGGCAACCGAAGAAGAUGAAGGCGUGAGAAGAGAGUCAGGACGGCGAUCACGAUUGCAUAGUGACGACGUCAAUCUCGUGCGAUCGGAAGUAGUAAGUGGAUCAACGGCAACAAUAGCAGCAGCAUCAUCACCGGUGUGCAAGCGGCGGAGAAUAGCCGAAAAUUCAAUUAGGCAUCACACACAGGGGGAUCUUGUGGAAGGUGUCGGCCUGAGGAAACCCAUUCCAUUCCAAUUAUCAACAGCGGCUGUGUAAAGUGUAAUAAUUUGAGGCGUAUAAAAUCAGAGGAAAAAAUGUAUCCGGCGCCGGCGCGACACCCGUCAGCUACGGGUCCUCCCCCUCAGGGGCGACAGUUCACAAUUGCAGAAACGCUUGAACGGAUAAAGGAGGAGUUCAACUUCCUGCAGGCACAGUAUCAUUCAUUGAAGCUAGAAUGUGAUAAACUCGCCAGCGAGAAAACUGAAAUGCAGCGACAUUAUGUCAUGUACUACGAAAUGUCGUACGGCCUGAACGUUGAAAUGCACAAACAGACGGAAAUUGCCAAACGCCUGAACGCGCUCAUAGGACAGCUAUUGCCGUUUCUGGCCACCGAACACCAACAGCAAGUCGCACAGGCAGUGGAACGAGCGAAACAAGUCACGAUGCCGGAGCUGAAUGCCAUCAUCGGGCAACAGAUUCACGCACAGCAAAUCCCGGGAGGACCACCGCAACCGAUACCAGGGCUUGGCGCGCUGGCCGGACCACUGACGGCGUUUGGCGGCCCGAUGGGACUGCCACACGGUGCGCCGCAGAGUUUGCUGAAAGCGCCACCCGACCUGCACCGGGAGGAUCUCAAGGUGCCCCUCGGGGGUCCGUCCGCCGAGGAACGAAUGCGCAACUCCGUAUCUCCUGCCGAUCGUGAAAAGUACCGACCUCGUUCACCCCUGGACCUGGACAGCGAAACAAAGCGACGGAAAGAGGAAAAACUUAACCAUGACGACGCCGAUAAAAACGAGCAGGACUUGGUAGUGGACGUCGCCAAUGACACGGGUACUCCAUCCCCGCGCCCAAACGGUGACCAUGCGUCACUCGAGAACCGAGAUCGUGAUAGUGUAGGUUUGAACGGAAGUGACAAAGCCGGUUCCAGCAGUCUAAAAGGUGUGAAUGACAGGCCGCCUUCCCGCUCCGGCUCCAGCUCGUCUCGAUCAACCCCUAGCCUCAAAACUAAAGAUCUCGACAAACCUGGCACCCCUGGUGCGAAGGUACGCGUACCUACGCCCAACUCUUCCACCCCGGGUGUCCCCAAAGCAGCAGUACCUCCAACGGCCGGCGGUUAUCCGGCUUCACCAUAUCAACGACCAUCAGACCCAUACGUGCGACCACCGCUUGAUGCGUACGGUCGACAGCCAAUCCCGUUUGAUCCACACGCCCAGCUGCGGACGAACGGAAUCCCUCUACCUGUCUCGAGUGGUAAACCUGCCUAUUCUUUUCACAUGAACGGUGAAGGUGGACCUCAGCCAGUACCAUUUCCUGCCGACGCAUUAACAGGACCCGGAAUUCCACGACAUGCCCGCCAGAUAAACACCCUUUCGCACGGUGAAGUCGUGUGUGCCGUUACCAUCUCCAACCCUACCAAAUACGUCUAUACCGGCGGAAAAGGAUGUGUCAAAGUUUGGGACAUCUCCCAGCCCGGAAGCAAGAGUCCUGUCAGUCAACUGGAUUGCUUGCAACGAGAUAACUAUAUCCGAUCGGUGAAGCUUCUACCGGACGGCCGGACGUUGAUCGUUGGCGGUGAAGCAUCGAACCUAUCCAUCUGGGACCUGGCGAGUCCGACACCGAGAAUCAAGGCUGAACUCACCUCGGCGGCUCCGGCCUGCUACGCGUUGGCCAUCAGUCCCGACUCGAAGGUAUGCUUCUCCUGCUGCAGCGAUGGCAACAUUGCCGUGUGGGACCUGCACAACCAAACGCUGGUGCGGCAGUUCCAGGGUCACACAGACGGCGCCUCCUGUAUCGAUAUCAGCCCCGAUGGCGUCCGGCUGUGGACCGGAGGUCUGGACAACACGGUGCGGUCGUGGGACCUGCGAGAGGGACGACAACUCCAGCAACAUGACUUCAGUUCGCAAAUCUUUUCGCUGGGCUAUUGCCCGACGGUCUUUGACGAAACAGGUGAGUGGCUCGCCGUCGGAAUGGAGAACUCGCACGUGGAGGUGCUACACGCUUCGAAACAGGAUAAGUACCAGCUGCAUUUACACGAGAGUUGCGUGCUAUCGCUGAGAUUUGCCGCCGGUGGCAAAUGGUUCGUCUCGACCGGCAAGGAUAAUCUGCUGAACGCUUGGCGUACGCCGUACGGCGCCAGUAUAUUCCAGUCCAAGGAGACCUCGUCAGUACUUAGUUGUGAUAUAUCGACCGAUGAUAAGUACAUCGUUACCGGCUCCGGCGAUAAGAAGGCCACCGUCUAUGAGGUUAUCUACUAAACCACUCGAAAGGUGUAGACAAAGAGUAGCUUAAAUUGCAGCAACCUUCCUUGUUUCCUGUUACAUCGAAAUUCAGCAAAACUCGUGACUAACAUCACAAAUUUCCAAGAUUUUGGAACGGUAACUGUCAUCAUUUGAAUGUAACAUAGAACCUUUAAAAGCCCGAACAAAAGAAGUGACUUACAUCAAGGAAUACAGAUUCAAGAAUCUUUAGACACGUACAGCAGCUGUAUCAGUUCAUUCAUUAUCUAUAGCUUAUAGAGAAUAGCAAACACACUCACCAAGUCAGUCGUAUAUAUGAGUAGUUGGAAUAAUAUCUUUGUACGCAGACACACACACAUACACAUUACUUAGUGAAAUGAGAGCGGAAACCAGUUACACAAACAAAAAUGCUACAAAUGUUAAAUUAUAAGUCUACUGUAAUUUAAAAUAAAUUAUAACUAAAGAAACAAA